AUGACCACUUUUCCACCAAUUCAACCUCGUCCAAUUGUAAGUAAACCAUCAGCACCAUUAACAACAAAUAACAUUCAAUAUUCACCAUCACCUCUUUAUCUUGUACAAUCUCCAACAGUAACUAACAAUAAUGCCUAUCAAACACAUACAAAUUUAAAUCCUAAUAAUUUACCAAUACAAAAUUCCACUGUUUAUUCAACACCAUUGUCUCCUUCGGAUGAAUUUCUUAAACGUCUUCGUGAUUUUCAACGAGGUCGACACACACCAUUUCGUUGUUUACCAACCAUAGGUGGACAAGUCGUUGACUUAUACGUAUUAUAUAACUUAGUGGUUAGCCAUGGUGGUUGGGAUAAAGUCAAUGAUCGACAAUUAUGGCCAACAAUUGCAACUAAUUUUUCUAUGGAUGAAACAUGUUUGAAUGGUACACAAGCUUUAAAAAAUAUUUAUAUACGAUAUUUGUAUGCUUUUGAAAAAAUAAGUCAUGGAGAAAAUAUUGAUUCGCAUGAUAAUGAUAAUGACGAUUCAAAACGACGUACAAUUUCUUACUUAACACGUGUACCACAAUCAUAUAAUUAUGCACAACAUACUGUUUCUGAAACAUUACGUAUACAACAUGGUCUCUUUAAUGAUUUUGUACAUCGAAAUGAAUAUGAAAAAUUAGAAUUAGCUUUAAUAUGUGGUUUUCCAAAUGAAUUAACAUUUACAUUAAAUACUUUAUUACUCUUAUCAUCAUCAUCAAAUCAUACAAAAUCAUUUCAUUUAUAUAAAUGUCCACGUUUAUUAGAUUUACUUUAUCGACAUGUAGGUUUAUUUUUAUCCACAGAUACAUUAUUAAAUGAUCAUUAUUUAAAAACCUUAUACGAUAAUAUCUGGUCAAAACAUUUAAAUUAUCGUAUGGAUUCAUUUUGGCUUGAAUCUUGUUCAUCUUCAAUUGUUAAAUUAUUAUUAAAUAUUGACGAUAAUGAUAAUGAUACGAAAACAAACUUAUAUAAAAAUUUUAAUUCAAAUUUAAAUAAAUAUCAACAAGAACAAGAAUUUCGUAUUGAACAAAUUUUAAUGAUAAUACGUAAUUUAUCAUUUGAUCGUUUAAAUGCACAUUUUCUACUUGAAACAUUACAAACAACAUUAUCAUUAACCUAUAGAUUUUUAUUAUUAGUAUCAUAUUGUGAAAAUCAUAUUGAAUUACAAAAGUAUGCAUAUGAUAUAUGGACAAAUUUAGCAUUAUAUAUGCAUUUACGUAUGAUAAGUAAUGAUGAAGGUUUAUUAUUUCGACAAUUAUUAAAUUCAAUGUUAAAUGGUGAUGAUGAUAAUAAUCAACAAUAUGAUAGAUUUAAAAUAAUUCGAGCAUUAGAAAUAAUUUCUAAUUUAGCACAAGCUGGUCAUGAUAAUGAAAUUUAUUUAAUGGAUUAUAUUGAUAUGAUUAUUAAAAGUCUUAUACAUAUACCUGAUAUACUUAUUUUAGUACAUACUUUAGAAUGUUUAUAUCAAUUAUCGGAAUUAGGAGUACAAUCAUGUGAGGCAAUACUUAAAGUGCAAUCUUCAUCAUCAAUUAUAGCAACAUUAAUAGAUUUAUUAACAAUUGAAGCUCGAAGUUUUUCUUCUCAAACAAUAAAAAGUAUAAAAAUUGUUGAAAUGUCAUCAGGUCCAGUACUUCUUCCAUCCUAUCAUCAACCACCUAAACAACCACAAUCAGUUGUUAUUAUACCUGCAAAUCAAUCUACACAACUACAACAACAUCAACAACAUCAUUCAACAUAUACAAUUGAAAAUUCUGAAAUCAAUAAAAUGAAUCCAAGAUAUAUUAUUCAACAACAUUCAAAACCUUUAACAAUAACUGAUGCUAUUCCACAAGGAAGUAUUUUAACUGUUACAACAACAUCAUCAUCACCAAAUAUUCUUCCAAAUAAUAAUGAUAAAAAACGAAAACAUGAUUCUAUUUCUGAUGCAAUUCCAACGGUUAUUAAUGAUGCAUUAAAACGUUCUCGUCCAUAUCCAAUACCACCAAAAUCUACUAUAACUAUUUCUUCAUCAUCAUCAACAAAUAAAGAUGAAAAUAGUACAGAAAUAAAUAAUACAAUUCAAUCUACUUUAACUGAUAUACUUGAUCGUUGUUCAUCAUCAUUUGAUAAUGAUAUUCGUUUAUGUUUAAAUGAUUUAUGUCAACGUGUUUCGAUCAUUGUUGAUCAAUCAUUAUCAGGAAUUUUUAAUCAAUUACCAUCACCAGUAUUUAAUCGUAAAAUACAAAUUCAACCAACAAAAGAAGUUAAUCAUAUUGAUGAACAAUUACAAAAGAAAAAACUUGAUUUACUUCCAAGAAAACAACCAAUAAUAAAUAAUAAUAAUACUGCAAAUAUAAUUAUUACAUCAGAAAAGAAGGAUACAGUUAUGGAACAAGAAUCGUCUGAUAUGAAACCAAUAAUGUCAACAUCAAAUAUUAUGAUAACAACUACAUCUGAUUAUAUUUGUGAAUGGGAUAAUUGUCGAAUGUAUUUUCCAACAGCACGGGCAGUUUUUCAUCAUGUAUGCUCUGUACAUAUUAAAUAUUCCACUGAUUAUAUCUGUUUAUGGAAUGGAUGUGAUCGAAUAAAACGACAAAAAUGGGCUUUGAUUAGUCAUAUUCAAGAACGUCAUUGUUCAGAAAUUGCAUUUCGACAAGCAAAACAUAGAUUAACAAAUCCAGUAUCUUCCAUCCCAACAAAUCCAACUCCAAUACCACCAAAUAUUUCUAUUAAUGGUAAUCGUCCAUUGACAUCAGGAGGAGCAGUUGGUUAUGCAUCAGAUGCUGCUUGGCUUGCAAUUCGACGUCAUAUGCAAAUUAAUUCAUUCGAUGAUCCUAUAAAUAAAAGUAAAGAAGGUCCAUUGACAAAAAGUAUUCGACUUACAGCUGCACUUAUUUUACGUAAUAUUGCUCGACAUUCAUCAAUUGGAAAACAAAAUCUACGUCAAUACGAACAACUUCUUGCAAAUUUAACUCUUGAAUCAUCCGAAGCAUCACAUAUACUUAGUUCAUGUUUAUUUGAACUUUAUAAUUGA